AUGCCCCAGAAAUACCAAGACAAACACACUAAGAAAAUUCAAAAAGAACGCAUAGAAAACGUCCCCCGAAAACACCCUCCCCAACGUCCACGCGCGCUAACAUACCCCCUCCCACCACCGCCACUACCACAAAAACCAACUUCACCACUUUCAGCAUUCCUCAACCUAUUCAAAGAAAGCCAAAAAACACACAACCAGACCCAAUCCCUUUUCGCACGUUUGCCCUAUGAAAUCCGCGAGAUCAUCUGGCUCGAAGUCUUAAGUGGGCAUGUACUGCAUAUCGUGCGUGCGCGAAAGAAACUCGUUGCCAUUGCAUGUCCCGAGGGCCCCAACAAUGAUGAUUAUGGUGAUUAUUAUGAUGAUGAUGAUGAUGUUGUUGUUAAUCACAAUCCCAGCAACUGCUGGAAUACCGCAAGCGGGCAUAAUCUCUUCCAGUUGAGGAAGGCGAGGCGCUGCAGAGAUCGCUUGUACUACAGGCCUCUUCAAACAUCUCAUUCAAGCAAGGCGAUGAACCUUCUUCCGCUGCUGCGGACGUGUCGGUUGAUAUAUACAGAGACACUUCCUUUUUUGUAUGGGAAGAACGUGUUUGAUAUCAAUCAUCUUGAUACACUUCUAUAUAUGAAGUUGUCCGUUUCACGGCAGCGGUUGAAUCAAAUCCGCUACCUGAGAUUUACAUGGGAUUUCAAGAAUUAUACCGGCUAUCAGUCCCCAGCCCCAUAUGACUUGGGGACAUGGCAAGAAGCUUGUAAAAUGCUUAGGGGGCUUGAGGGGUUGCAGGAGGUUACAGUAUAUUUGUAUGGGUUUAUUUUCACUGCUAAGCCAUCGCAACAGGGCUGGUGGGGACCAGCGCUGGAUGAACUGCAGAGUGUUAGGGUGAGGAAGAUGUUUGAUGUUGUUUUGCCGUGGACGGAGGAGUGUGAGCAGGUGGAGGAGGGAAAGGGGUAUUUGUUUAGGCUUUUGGGAACGGUGGACCCGAAUGGUUAUGGAAAUUACUGGUGA